GCUCAAGUAAUGUCAUGUUUAAAAGAUGUCCAUAUUGGUAUGAAAGUUGAGGUGAUCAACAAUGGCGUUGAAAGUUUUAAUAAUUCCGAGAAUACGACGUUUUGGGUCGCAUCGGUCAUCAAAUUUAAACAUUUUAAGACGUUGCUAAGAUACGAAGGCUAUGACGAAGGCGAUAAUGCAGACUUUUGGUUUGAUCUUCGAUGUCGAGAUAUACAUCCAGUUGGUUGGUGUGCCAGGAUAAAUAAACCUCUAAUACCUCCGCAAGGUACUGUUUUCUUUUAAACCUUUGACGAGUUUAGUGCAUUGUUUUGCUGUUCUUCUCAGUUUGGGCGGCAUCAAACUACACGCAGCUGCCGUAGUUUGUGUCUGAAUACCUGAAAAUGAUCAAAAACCCUUUUGCCAACGUUUCGAGCGAAGGCCCUUCGUCAGAAGAUAGUAGUGUAGGAUUGAAAACUUAUACAAUUGCUUAAUAUUGCGAAACUAGAAAAAUAAUCUUGUGAUAGAAAUUAACCAGUCAUAAGAAUAAAAUCAACCAAAAAACAAGAUAGAUACUACAGUGUACUUUCGCGAUCUGCCAUUCCAUGCAAAUAUAUCUACAGUACAUGAGUCGUGACAAAGGACCUUUCCUAGAAACGUCAAGGUGUUUGCGCUUUUUUCUGGAACCGACAGUAGUUCAAUCGCAAACCACUAUGGUUUACUGUAGAAUAUUAUGUACAGUACCUAUGCUUUAUUCUUACCUUUUAACAACCAGACGUGGUUCUUUACCAACAUGACGUUUUCAAUCAUGUCAAUCAAUAUUUAAGUCAUAUACCGUAUUUACUCUUUGAGCGCCGCGGCGCUCUUUAAAUUUUCAGAGCUUCAGAUGCGGCGCUCAUUCGGGGGCGGCGUUCUUUAAGGAAUGUUCUAUUUGUGAAUUCUAACAAGAACUUUUAAUAAUAAAAUAAACAAGUUUUAAAAGAUUUUUGUCACUGAAUGUCCCCAUUUUGAAGGCGGAAAGUUUUUACACUGUUUAGUGCGGCGCUCAUUCGGGGGCGGCGCUCGUUAAAAAAAAUUGAUCUCAAAUGCGGCGCUUAUUCGGGGGCGGCGCUCAAUCGAGUAAAUACGGUAGUUCGAUUUUCCAAAGUCCUUCGCUGUGGGUCCAUGGUUCGCCGUCACGCGCUGUUUUUUAUUUCUCCAAUCUCUAACCUACCGAGCGGCUUGUGGCAAGUCGAACAUUCUUAAUUCAUACAUUAGUUGAUGAUAAAAAUUCACUGUAUACAGUAUACGUAUUAUUACUAACACAAAUUUAAAUUUCCCCUGUAGAUGUAUCAGCCUGUCCCGUAUAUGGCCAUGCAUAAAAAAUACUUAGUACAAGCCCUGGGUUAACGGAAAAUUUCAAAACAAUCUUUCCUGCACACUUCGAGAUUUUUUUCAGAAAUUAUAGUCUUGAUCAAUAAAAGUUUUAUUUUUACAAGCUUUGAAAUAAACGAACAUGCAGAAAUACACAGACAAAAACAACAGGCUAAAUUUUAACCCAGGGUUAACGCUUUGAACAACCAGACCCAGGGCUUAUACAGUCGAAGUUUAUUAGAAGAGUUACUGUAGCUUAUUAUAGAAGAAUUAGAGUGGUGUUCGACGUAAUACUGUCUUAGAUUUCAAUUUAUUACAUUGGCUAACCAUGUUUUCUGUUUAAAGAAAUCAAAACCAGAAUAAAUGAUUGGCAGGAAUAUUUAUUUCAAAGACUAUCUGGUGCGAAGACGUUUUCAGCAGAGUUUCUACAAAAGGUUUGUACUGUAUGUGCAAAGUUUUGUAGGUCUAUAUUACAUGGAGCUAUUCCACAAGUUGAAUUUGGAACCUGAAUUUGCAGUGAUUUAACUUAAAAGAUUCAUGGUUUCCGACUGCCUAACAACCAACUGUAAAAUCAUCAUAUUAACUCAACAGCUGACCAAACGUGGAGUUUUGACAUAAUAUUCAACGUUAUGACGUCAUAAUGUUGAUAUGAAAAAAUAUAUUAAACGCUAUGACGUCAUGCUGUGGAAAUACGAAUGCGAAAUGUGGAAACACGACUAAAAGAAUAUGGCGCGGCCGUAUUCACAGGAAGAAAUAUCAAAGAAAGCAGCCACGAAUGGUUUUGAAACAUCUUAACGCGUUCUUGUGAAAGAAAAAAGGAAAUAUUUUAUGCAAAAUGCAAAUACGAAAAAGAAGUAUACUGGUCAUUAUUUCGACGAAUUGAACCCGGAUUUCUUUUUCAACUUUUAAAUAAAUAUUAAAACAAUUAUUGAGUUCGGUUGCAAACGUCGGGCUUGCUAAUUCUUCGUCUCAUGCUCAACCUCGUAGUUCAAUAACUGUUAAAUACUGUAUGCAACAAAGUAUAUAGUCACCCAUGUAUAUACAUGCACUUCCUAGACUUUGGGAUUACAAAAUUGUUAAUGGUAUUCGUGUUCCUAGGUACAAGAGAUACCUCACAAUCGUUUUAAGGUUGGGAUGAAAGUAGAAGUGGCGGAUCGUAAGAACUUGUAUUCAGUAAUGUGUGUGGCGACUGUCGUUGAUGUGGUUGGUGAUCGUCUUCGUUUACGUUAUGAUGGCUUAGAUCCUGAGGUUGCGGAAGAUUUCUGGUGUCAUUAUUAUUCCACUGAUAUUCAUCCUGUCGGGUGGUCUUCUCUUGUCGGUCAUCAGCUCAGACCUCCCAUAGGUAAGAUAAAUCAUUUUCACUUGAUUGGUCCGAAGCAUCGUAUCUGUUUUCACAGGUAUUUCCGACGCAAUGCCGUUUAUUUUUUGGCAUUUGUAUAUAAUUCCGUAGAGGGACGCCAGAUGUACGGUACUCAUAUACGCUAUGGCAUUUCAAGGGAUUUUUGUAAUUUUGUGCGUAUGAAAAUUAUUUCAUUAAUUUUCAUACGCUUCUCAUACGUUUCUCUCAUACGUUUCUCUCAUACGUUUCUCUCAUACGUUUCUCUCAUACGCAAUAGUGUGACAGGGCCUUUAAGUCGACUCUUUCGUAGUCGACUCUUUCUUUAAUUUCUUUGAGCAAUUGGAAAAAAUAUCCAUGAAAAUACCAAAUGAUGUUUAAUUGUCAGUGCAUAUACAAAAGUAGCGAAAAUUGGAGAUAUUCAAACCUCUGCGGUUAAUUAACAAGUCUAUAUACACACGUCUUGCAGUUGUUUUAUUUUGCUUUUGGUAAUGAUCACAAUUAUUAUUGUUCUUAUUUUUAGGCUGGAAAAACAGCAUCUCAGAGUGGAACAAACUCAUCGAGAAAAUCCUGGCACAAGACCGAGACGCACCUCAAGAAAUUUUCUCCGAGGUCAGUGCAUAGUGUGUCUGUUUUGUAUAUAGGUAUAAUAGUAUGGUUUCUCGUGCAAUUUGGGAAAAACAUGCACGAGUGAGUUUUUCAAAGACGUUGGAAGGACGAGUCUUUGAAAAAGUCACGAGUGUAUGUUUUUCCCAAAUUGCACGAGAAACCAUGAUACUAUUACUUAUUAAUAAUAUACAUGAACAAAUUAUGCAGUCACGUGCAUGCGUGCGUGCGUAGGUCACAUGCGAAAUCGUUACUUUUAAUACAAAUAAUUUUAAUACAAAUAAUUUUAAUAGAAAAUCUACUGAAAACGCCAUCCAUUUUUGUCACUUGUAAAUGUUUGGGGGUUUUUUUGUCUUAUUUUCAGCUAGAAAUGGCUGUAUCUUAUAGUCAAUGAAAUUUGCACUGUAUUCAUUUUUUGGCACUGUAUUUCGAAAAAAUCGCACUGCUCUUAGCCAAUCAGAAUUGAGGAAUUUUUUUCAUGUAUAUUAUUAUCAAGGUUAUUACUCAUUCGACAAUAAGUACUUUAAUUCUGCUAGCUUAUGUGACGUAGUGUGUACGUAGUUAUGUGACGCCGCCAUGAAAGAGGGGAAUGAGAUGUGUACUACUACAAAUACAAUGCGAUCAAGAUCGUCAUGUUUGUAUUUUUAGGAUGCAACAGGCUCUGCCCAAGGUCCAUAUGCGUUCGAAGUGGGUAUGAAGUUUGAAGGUAUCAAUCCUUAUGUUCCCAAUCAGAUCUGCGUCCUCACGGUGAUCAAGGAGCUCAAGUAUAAUUACUUCAUCGCUGGCAUCGACUCACAAGCUGCGUAUUUCUGCUUUCACGCUAAUUCGAGAAACAUUUUCCCGCCAGGAUGGUGCGAGGCUUAUGGUAUUGAACUUACGCCACCUAGAGGUG